AUGUCCGAAGAAGAAGAGGAAGCUACUCCCCUGGUUGUUGACAAUGGCUCCGGACUGGUCAAGGCUGGCUUCGCCGGCGACGACGCCCCCAGGGCUGUCUUCCCAUCCAUCGUCGGCCGCCCAAGGCAUCAGGGCGUGAUGGUCGGUAUGGGUCAGAAGGACGCAUACGUGGGUGACGAGGCUCAGAGCAAGAGGGGUAUCCUCACUCUGAAGUACCCUAUCGAGCAUGGCAUCGUCACUAACUGGGACGACAUGGAGAAGAUCUGGCACCACUCCUUCUACAACGAGCUGCGUAUCGCCCCCGAAGAACACCCGAGCCUCUUGACUGAAGCUCCCCUGAACCCGAAGGCCAACAGGGAGAAGAUGACUCAGAUCAUGUUCGAGACCUUCAAUGCCCCCGCCAUGUAUGUAUGCAUCCAAGCCGUCCUGUCCCUCUACGCUUCCGGUCGUACCACUGGAAUCGUGCUGGACUCCGGCGAUGGUGUUUCUCACGUGGUACCAAUCUAUGAGGGCUACUGUAUGCCUCACGCCAUCCUUCGUCUGGACCUGGCCGGCCGUGAGCUGACCAACUACCUGAUGAGAGUCCUCUGCGACCGUGGUUAUUCUUUCGUGACCACUGCCGAGCGUGAGAUCGUCCGUGACAUCAAGGAGAAGCUGGGCUACGUCGCCCUGGACUUCGAGCAGGAGAUGUUGACGGCAGCUACCUCCACCUCCCUGGAGAAGAGCUACGAGCUGCCUGAUGGACAGGUCAUCACCAUCGGCAACGAGAGGUUCCGCUGUGCUGAGGCUAUGUUCCAGCCUUCCUUCCUCGGUAUGGAAACGGCUGGCGUCCAUGAAACCACAUACAACAGUAUCAUGAAGUGCGACAUCGACGUCCGUAAGGACCUGUACGCCAACAAUGUCCUGUCCGGCGGCACCACCAUGUUCCCUGGCAUCGGUGACCGUAUGCAGAAGGAGAUGGUGGCCCUUGCUCCCAGCACCAUGAAGAUCAAGAUCAUCGCUCCUCCCGAGAGGAAGUACUCCGUGUGGAUCGGCGGGUCCAUCCUGGCCUCCCUGUCCACCUUCCAGCAGAUGUGGAUCACCAAGGCUGAGUACGAUGAGGCCGGUCCCGCCAUCGUUCAUCGCAAAUGCUUCUAAAGAACUCCAUCUAUCAAAAGUUCGUGAAACGGGGCAAAGCUGUGAACGUGGACCAGAUCACCUUUGUGUAUGACACAGUGAUUGGUGUAUCUAACUUGUUGCUUGAACAUGUAACUUGUGGCAGGUUGGUUGAUUGGUUCUUGAGUUAGCAACUGGAUUGGAAAUUCCCCUUUAAAACUGUCGUAAAGUGUGGUGACGUGUUUCUGCCAUGUUGUUGUCGGUCUGUGAAGAACCAUGUAUAUUGUCGGUCUGUGAAGAACCAUGUUGUAUCAUCGAUAGAUAGAUAAUACUGUGUGUUGGAGAGUACGACACGCCCUGUUUAUGUUACAUUCCCUUUGUCCGCUAAUAAAAUACGUGGAUGCUA